UAUUAUCUGCGCAUGUACAAAACUUCGCCGGAAAGAUGACAACGAUCUGUCAACAGCAGCUACGUUUUAUCAGCUACCAUGCUAUUAACCCACUGAAACUGAAAAGGCUCAAAAAAUAUGACAGCUCUUGCAACGCGAGUCGUAGAAUGUUGAGCGGUCAAAAGUGUUUUUUGCGUUGUAUACAAUUUUAAUGGACGUCGGAUUUCCGUACUUUCACACGUCUUGAGAUUCGUAGCUGUAACGUCGAUCACAAUGGCACUACAAGAAGAUGAAAACACCUGGGUAUUGGAAUUAGAAGCUGCACUUCUUGACACAGAAGCACCGUCUGCAUCUGACAUAUAUGCUAUUUGUAAAGGCCAACCAGUCCCUGCAAAUCUACGACCAGAUGUUUGGCAGGCUUGUCUUUGUGUCACCGAUCGAGGUGAUCAAUUAAGCCAGUUUAAUGAAGUUUUCGAUUUACCUGAACAAAAUAUAAUCCGCGAGGACUGUCAACAAUUAGUUGCAAAACUUGGAAAUGAUGAUGAAGACAAAGUCUCUGUAGUUUCUGAUCUUGAGUCCAUAUUAACAUUUUAUUGUAAAAGUAAAUGUAAGAUAUAUGAAAGAGGAAAUGGAUGGAUGGAAUUAUUGGGUCCUUUAAUAGCUUUAAAACUACCACGCAGUGCAACUUAUAAUCUUUUUGAGGCAAUAAGAGAUAUUUAUAUCCCAAGAGGGGAAACAUACAGCUCAGUUUUAAGAUUACUAUUACUAUAUCAUGAACCAGAAUUAUGUUCAUUCUUGGAUACAAAAAGAAUAUCACCUGACCAAUAUACAAAAAUAUGGAUGAAUACACUUUUUGCUGGUGUCUGUUCAUUGCCAGCGGUUUGUACGAUGUGGGAUCUAUAUUUUAUGCAAGCUGAUUCAUUUUUUAUGCUCUUUCUGUCACUUAUCAUGGUUAUUAAUGCCAGAGAGCAAAUUUUGAAUAUGAAAGACGAAGAAAAGCAAAAUAUAAUAGAUGCUAUAACAGAAAUGCCUUGUGCUCUGGAAGCGGCAGAUGUGACUGAUUUCUGCUCAUUGGCACAGUAUUAUGCAAUGAAAACACCAACGUCUUUUAAACAAGACUUGUAUUCUAUAAUGUUUGGCGAAAGUUCCGACGAAAAGUUAAUAUCCCAUGCAUUGUGUUUACCUGUAUCGGCACAAGAAUUAGUAGAAAAUGCUAUUGAAACUCCAUCCGCACCUAACAGCACUGUCGAAACUGUUAGAUUCUUUCUCGUGGAUUGUAGACCUGCUGAACAGUACAAUGCAGGCCAUUUACCAACAGCAUUUCAUCUUGAUUGCAACUUGAUGCUUCAAGAACCUGCUGCGUUUGCUACAGCAGUGCAAGGCUUGCUGCAAGCUCAACGUCAAGCGCUAGCUGUUGGCUCCCAAGCCGGCGGAGAACAUCUUUGUUUUUUGGGAAGUGGUAGACAAGAGGAAGAUCGUUACACACAUAUGGUAGUAGCAUCCUUUUUACAAAAGCAUACACAGUAUGUAAGCAUGGUUACUUCUGGAUAUCAGGCUAUUCAUGAAUAUUUCGGCGACGAAGUGGUAUUAGGCCUGGUUGAUCACAAUUCGCAGCACUGUCUGGUGUGCAAUGCUAAUUUGUUGGAAGAAAAUUCAAAUGAAACAAGCCCUGUUAAAGUUAAAAAUAACAAUUCGGAUCUUUUGGGCAAAAUUGGAUUAGUUGUGAAACUAAAAAGCCAGGAAGUAAAGGGAAAGCUAUUCGAUUACAUUGUUAAUCCUACAGCGAAUGUCAAUAGCAAUACAGAGAGGAAAAGUAGCAAAGAUUUGGAUUAUAUCAAACGUCAAAGAAAAACUGCGCCUGUGUUUAGUAUAGACGACGAUCAAGAAUUAGAUAUGACAAUGACUAAUAAUGAAAGUGAAGAGCCUAUUGAAGUAGUAUCUAUACAGCAAUGGAUGAAAGAUCCUAAGCUAUUACAUUCCUUUAAAUGCCAAGAAGUAAAAGUUAACGGUGAUCUCUGUGAUAGUCUGCUGCUUGUUACGGAUAGUUAUCUCAUAGUACUGCGAGAAAUCCCAGAGAGGAAAGGCGCCGCGCAUGUAAUCGUAAAACGUCCUUUAACGAGUAUCGUUAAGAUAACGUCGAGAAAACGACACGCUGAUUUGAUAACUUUCAAAUAUGGUACAACGCAAUAUAACGAUACGGUCAUUUCCGAUAUGGAUAAGUUUCUUAUACCAAACGCAAGCGAAGCGACCAAGUUGAUCACGCAACAAAUUAUGAAACAAUUAAAUACAUCAGACUAAUAUUAUAGACAUAUUUUAUAGAACAAUUUCAAGUUACUGUACAGAUGAUCAUAAAAUUCAAUUUAUCAUGAGUAAUUUUCCUAACAAAUUUAUUUUUGGUAUGGGCAAAGUAUUUGAUCUUUUUAUGGUUGUUUAUUCAUUUGAUUGUUAUAUGUCUUUUCUGUUGUAAUUAAUAUAACUAUUUGAAUUAAUGUAAAACCAUAUAU